CCGUAUUGCUAAGUGACGUUGUUAUAGUCAUCGUUUAUGCUCGAUGCGAGAAGAUGCAUCGCUGCCCCUGAGAGGUUGUUAAACUCCACGAUAAAUGCCCUACUAAUAAUAAAAAUACAACUUUGACUGUCAUUUUAACGGUUUAACGGCAUGGAGGUAAUCGAGACAAUUGUGAUACAGAGUACUGAAGUGGAGGCAAAGGAAACAGUCGUGUCCGCUGUAGACUCCGAUAAAAGCAAAGCAGAAUUCAUAUGGACACUGCAGGCAACAUGGCACCUGGUCAACACCCGGCUUGAAAUGGAUCAGGCUUUUGACCAACCAGUAUGCAAGAAGAAGAAACUUUGGGAGAUGGUGGCCGAGAAAGUGAACGCCAAACUGAGGGAGUCAGAUGUCACUGAUGUCACCGUGAAGGCGUACGAGUGUGACCUCAAGUGGAGAAACAUGCUGGCCACAUACAGGAAGAACAGCGAGCGGGCCAAAAGGCUCGGGGUGGCCAGCGUCCACUGGGAGUUCUUCAAAGCCAUGCAUGAGGUCCUGGGUAAGAGCAGGGACGAGAUCGAAGCCCAGCGAAGGGCCAAGCUGAGUGGGACGAGAGUCGGCAAGGCCAUAGCCAGCAAGAGGUUCACCCCUAUCCUCCCUACACCCGCCGCCACAGUCGCCCCGUGCUCUGCCCGGCCUCCACAGGACGUCCUGCAGCUGUACAUGGAGCUGCAGGAGAGGAAGAUGAACAUGUGGGCCCAGCAGAAAGCCCUGGAGGAGAGGAAGAUAGAGGCCAUUAACAACCUGGCCCAGGCCAUCUCCAGCCUGGCUCAGAAGAACAGCACACAGACGUCAAAGGACGGACACUAGGACUUGUCCUUGCGGGUCGUCUCCUGGUACCAAAAACUCUUAUGCUGCCGUACAGUUUGAGUAUGUUUUUAGAUUGGUUAUGUUGGCAAUUUUUUUACUGUUACAUUUUUAACAUUAGUUUGGUCAGUCUGAAUCCUGGAGAGACGAACUGGAGAGAGCGUUUGUGUUUCAGAAUGAAUGAAGAUAAAAUGGUUUGAGAGGACAGGACGUACGAGACGUAAACUCACAUAUCACACUGUGGACGUCUGUUGUUUGUGCUGCAAGCAGAUCACAUGACCUCCACUCAAAGUUUAUCUGUGGCUGUGAUCAUCUGUUAUUUUUAUACCAAAAUGGGGAAGAGUGAUUAACGGUUGGCUGAAGUCAGAGAGUAAGAAAACAAAGAAAUUAUCAUAAAUAAGAUUAAUUCAGACAUCCUAACCCCAUCUUACUAUUCACUGAUAUCAAAUAUCAAUAACCUAUGCAACAGUGUGAUUUUCUUUCACACGGGCCUUCGAAGUGGAACAGUCGUCAACAAGCUAACAGAAUGACAUGACGAUUAUGAUCACACAACAUGCAGAGUCGUAGUUAGACUACAACAGUAUUCACACACACAGCAGCUUUUACUGUUAAUGUGUUAUUAAUAUGCACUUUUUUGUUUUCAGUGUGAACCACCGCGUGUUUCCUGCAGAAAUCGCUGCCUUCGCAGAUGUUUUGUCAGUUUUGUCAGAUACGUUGUUAUGGUAUUGUGUCGACCUUGACGCUGUCUAUGUACAACUAACUCAUCAUCAGUGUGAUUAUUACAGAUAGCAGUAGCUCGGGCCUGGAGAUCAGCUUGAACUGGUGAUGUUCGUGCCAGCGUCGAGGUUGUCAUUACCUCAUAACCAUCACAAACUGACACGUUCUUUUGGGCUUAGCAGAGUUUCCAAGAGCAUGGAAAGACUCUCUCUUUAUAUUUUGUGUUCCUAACCAGUAUGCUGCUAUGUCAGUUUUUAUUGGCUGUGAAAUGUACUUCAGCUCUGAUGAAAAAUACGCUGACUUCUACAGUUCUGAUUACCGUUCGCAGUAAGUCUACAGGAUGGCGUCCGUGUCACAGAAAACAAGUUCAUUAAAUCUUUUAUCAGUC